AUGGUUAGUGUAAAGACAAUUCAUAGUGGCACCGUAUUUGCCUGGUUUAUGCUUGUGGUCAUCCUUCGACGCAUUGUCAUGCUUGCUGUAGCAAUGUCUGCCAAACGAGGCAAGCCUUUUCCACCAGGCUCACGACCUCCCGAAGAUAAUAAACUAAUAGGUAAACAAACAACAGUCGUCACAGAUACAUCUAGUCCAAUCGAAUUUACUAAGGACAUACGUGUCACCAAAAUGAUUAAUAAUGAUAUCGAAAAUGACCCUUAUUUUUUUAUCUUAUUAUUAGCAACUGCUAUCUUUUCUGAUAGUGCAUCUCAAAACUGUACAAGAACAAUUGUUUACAGUAUCUUAUAUUUGUUAAUCCAUAUUGCGUAUGCUGUGACUUAUAUUAUGGUUUUACAACCCUGGAGAUCAAUGAUGUUUGCUUUUGGUCUCCCAUUAACAGUGGCUUGCAGUUUGGAUUUGGUUAUUACUAUGUCACUUCAACCAAACUAA